GCAGACGGCGCUGCCCCGGCUCUGCUCCGCCGUUCCCGUGUUUCCUGAGGAAGCGUUCUCCCGGUCAGCAGCCAGCACCGCCCCCACCGAGCACAGUGGGGCUGGCGGGGCCAUGGCGGACGAGGGGCAGGGUGCCUGGAGCGAACAGGCGGUGGAUCACUUUCUGAGGUCGCAGCGCAUCGAAGCCAGAGAUGCUGCCGCCGUCCGCUGGUUCCACGCCGCCAACAGCAAGGCCCGCGCCAGGGCGGCCGCGAGAAGUGAUGUGCACAUGAUAGAAGCAGAUGUUGUUCUUCGUGGUGGCCAGGGAGGAAAUGGAGACCCUAUCAUGGCUCAUCCACCUGAAACAGACAGUGACAACACAUUGCAGGAAUGGCUGAAAGAGAUUGUCAACACAGAUAAAGGCAUCAAGCUGGAUUUUAAGAGCCUAGAAGCCCUACGGCCUUCCUUGGAACUUCUUGAACAUGUGAAGCACCGCUUGAGGCGACCCAUUUGGAUCAAUGCAGACAUCCUACCAGGACCUAAUGGCAAUAGCUCUGUAGUGGAUGCAAAAGGGUUCCUUGGCACUGUCACCUCAUUUUUCCCAAAUGUGACCUUAUCACUAGGGUGGACAACUGGCUGGCACCAUGACAAGCACAAUAAAGGCUAUGACUGGGCGAUGGUGAAGGAAAUGGCUCAGAUAUGCAACACACUUCCCCAGCCUGUAACUUUCGCUGUAAGAGCAGCACUGAUACGACAGUCAGUAUCUGAGCUGUGCUGGUUAAUCCAGCAGUCAGAUAGGUACAGUCUCACCGUUUGGACAGGAAAAGAGGAUGUGUACUCUGUAGAAGAUUUGCUUUACAUCCGAGAAAACUUUGAUAAAAUGAAGUAGCAUGUUAGUACCAUUUUCUAGCUACAAUUACUUCUGACAUGUCUGCUGCAAAUUAUUGUAAUUAUUGUAUGGUGACCCUCAGGAAAUACUCCACACGUCAGUUACUCCAGAUGAGGUGCUGAGGUCUGUGUUCCUUGCUCCGGAGCAGUAACUCUGGCAAAUGGGUGCAAUAAGCAGCUGGGAGUAGUGUCGCAGACUGCCACAGCAGAGCUGACUCAUUAAAACCCCAAAUAAAGCAGCAUUAUUUUUGAUUGUGCUUCCAGUGUAAUUCAAAGUAUCGUACCCUAUCAUCUUCUGAAUUUUUAACAUCUAAUUUUUUGGAGCAGUUUUAUGUUGUUUUUUAUAUCCUUAUGGCUUGGCUCCCUUGAAUUUUUCAGUGAUCCU